GAACAACUGGGUCAGCAGCGUAGCCAUGUCUACAGAUUCUCAUCAAUAUCUCCAUGAUAUAAAGCGUGUUCUCGCAAACCUCACCAGUGUUAGAGACAUUACAACUUGACAGAACGACUCACCAGGAGUAAUGCAACAAAACGAGGCUUACGUUGCCGACAUUCCUUCAGUUUCAGGUAUGUCCCCGAACAUUACAGACAUUGGCACGAUGUUCAAGGAGUGGGCCUGGACGACCUAUCUCAAGACACCCAGACACAAGCUCCUGUCCAGAAAGCUGAAGAUUGAAGAAGUUGAUAUCCAGUUGAAGUGGGACAAGGUGAGGAUCACAUCGUUAAGGCCAGAAUACACGGAAAUGGGAACGAAUGGCAACCAAGUACAUGUCUUGUAUGACUCCAAAUACAAAAACAGCACAGACGACGAACAAGAACAGACAUUCAGAGCUGAGAAAGAGACGGUUUCCACAGCCACCACCAAACUUACAAAGGGUUUCUCCAGGGAUAUCAACGUUGGCAUCGAACUGACACUUCCUCCAGAUCUUCCCCAAACUUCCAAAGCGGAGGCCAGCUUUGGACAUCGACUGUAUGUGGAUAACGAGGAAGAGAACACUAUUGAAAAUAAGGUGAAGUGGUCCGUGGACACAAAGAUCACCUCAAGACGUAACCUGGUGACUGUAGCUGAACUGGCAAUAGAGGAGACAAGUUCCAAGUAUGUAUUCUCGAUGGACGUGAAGCUGAAAGGGACGAUCUUAGCUGUGAUACAAGACGCCCGGGGCCAGAGAAGACAUCUCAUGACUGUGCAGGGGGAUGUGGCUACCGUUUUGAGGGACAUAAAAGACAAAGACAGAUUCGGUAAACUUUUCAAUGCACAAAUCAACAACUCUCGUACCGUCACCUGGCCUGUGUCCGGAUCUCUUCACCUUAAAUACGGUGUGUCACAGACGGUCAAGAUCUUUCAAAGAACGUACCUGUGAAAGAAGCGUGAGGGUUAAUUAUGGUAUAGAUUAUCGGCAAGGGUAUGUGGACAAUAUAUUCGGGUUUGAGUCCUCAUGUGGGAGUUAUUCAGGAAGCCUAUUCUUUGUGCCGCCCAUUGAGAAUGCUGAUUAAUGCAUCGUACAUCUCCAUGCUCUAGUACCAAUAUCAAGCUUCGGCUGUCACAGUCAGUAGAUACAGACAUUAUCAAUCAAUCAAUAAGACCUUAGGCCCGCGUAGAGACAUUAGGAAUAUAUCGUGCCUUAUCCCAGACAUUUUCUGCCAAUUUAAUCCUAGAGCAUCACAUCGUCAGUACUUCACGGGAUUGUACAUAUCACCUGUUUUGAAGUAUUGUAUAUUUAUCCAGCCAAUCAGACCACGAUUUAGUUCCAGCGAGAGGGAAAACAUCACCAUCACACAAACAGUCACCCAUGAAUGUAAAAAGACCCAUCUUCCAAUACAGAACAGAGCUUUGUGUUCUGAAACAUUCGGAAACGUUCCAUUGAUUGUGAACAGUGUUUCGGUGUAGAUUGUCAGCGUGUUUUCAUAAAGCAAAUGAAAAUGGUGCUCGAAUUUACAUUGAUUAUAUUCGUCAUGAUAUUAUUAGUGAAUUAGUGCCUAUGCUUAUAGUGGUUGCUGUCGUUAUAAUGAGUGAGUGAGUGAGUGUGUAUGGUUUUACGCCACAUUUAGCAAUAUUCCAGCAAUAUCGAAGCGGGGUAGAAAAAGGGUUUCUCACAUUGUACCCAUGUCGGGAAUCGAACCCGGGUCUUCGGCGUGACGAGCGAACGCUUUAACCACUAAGCUACCCGCCCGCCCCUCGUUAGAAUGAAAAAGUCAAUACUGAUUGAUUUAAGUGCAAUAAAUAUUCACCAUAAUACAACUGAAGAUACCAUUCCCUUUCAAUUUGUACAUUAUACACGGAAAACAGAACUUCGGCUUUCAUCCCUAGUUAUUAUUAAAUGUAUCCAUAACGAACGAAAAUCAAUCAACUAUUUGUCUAAUAAUGUGAAGCAGAUACAAAUUAUUGCCAUAUAUUUAAAAGGAAACCUGCCUGCUUAAUGUAACAUAAAUAUUCCAUUGAUUUUGCAUAAGAAGUGCCCCAUCUGUCCCUUUGCCAAAGCUUCAUUUUAUACGCUUAUCUUUACGCGAACACCUGGUAUCAUCACUAUUUGAUAGUGAUUCCUAAAAACAUGCUCAUGAUAUAGUUGGAAUUGCACAAUCGACUCUGUUUUUAGCAGAGAUUUCUAUUGAAUAGGGAAAGGGUUUUGUCGCUUUUAUGUAUGCAUUGUAGUCUUUGUCAUGUGGCCUUUGAUACGGAAUAAACUUCUUCAGCAUCU